AUGUCGGCGAUGGUGUCAACGCCCUGUGCAGGGUCUGCAGUUUCCACAAGCCGCCACUCCGCCAAUGCUCGAAGGGUGCAUUUUGCGACUACUGCCACCUGCAUGAUGGACGGCGCAACAGACGCCGGCGGAGCAGCUCGCAGCCUCUUUUCGAUAGCGAACCCCUCCUGUCCGAACGAGGCUCCGUGUACAUAUCUCUUGGAUCCAUGGUGCCUCCAAGCUAAGCUCGAGCAGGAGAACUCCACCUGCUUCACAGACUUCACGGUUUCUGGCAUCAUGAACGUUAAACCUGGAGUGGCUGCUGUUUUGCUGACACAAGCAAUUGGUGCCAUCGGCAACAUGGCAGUGCUGCCGGUGCUACCUUUCUUCGCUGUGCAACAGCUGGGCGCAUCAGCUUUGGAGGUGGCGCUGCUGGCUUCGUGUUUCAACUUCACGCAGAUGGUCUUCGCCCCCUGCGUCGGUGCGAUCUCGGACCAUUUCGGGCGGAAGUAUGUGAUGCUCGGGGGCCUCUUGCUGCAGGCCUUAUCGAAUUCUUUUCAAGCAGAGGCCGACUCUCCUGCAGCGCUGCUGCUGGCUCGGGGCUUCGUGGGCUUGGCGACGAGCACCGGUCCGGUCGAGAUGGCUUACAUCAUGGACUACACGCGCGACGAGCAGCAGCUUAGCUAUGUCCUGGCCUUGCAGAGAGUGGUUUGCAACGGCGGCGCGCUGCUGGGCCCCGUGCUCGCGCACAGCUUCCAGGGCUACGGCUUUCCGGCCUUCUGCCGAGGCUUCGCCUGCAUCAACUUGCUUUGCCUUUUUUUGGGAUCCCUGCUCUGGGAGAACUACUCGCAGUCGCUCCCUGACGAGGCAUGUGGAUCCACUCCGCUGAGCAUUCAGCGCUCCAGGUCAGACCUCUCCAAAAGUGGACAAGGUCGCAUUCCAGGGGAGCACUACCUUGCUGUGCUGUUCCAUGGGGGUGUUUGCUACCUGCUUGGGGCAUCCUUCGGCUUCAGCUUUGCCUUGGGUGUCAGUGAGGGCCCCGAACCGCUGUUUUUGAAGGAGCGCUACUUCUUUGGACAGACCGAGUUUGGUUGGUUCUUCAUGGUCUCGAACGCCUCGACCUUGAUGUGGUCUCCGGUGAUCCCCAUGUUUAUUUCCUAUGUUGGGGCGCGAAUAGCGUGCGCCUGUGGCUGCUUGGGUUCUGCCAGCGCCUUACUCUUCUUGAUCGCGCUGAAGGGGUGCAAGUGGGUGCCAUACAUCUAUGUUGCAGCGACGGUGGGCCUUUUUUCAACGAUGGUUGGGCUCGGCUUUAUGGGUCUCGUGAGCAAAAACUGCCCGCGACAUCUUCUGGGAACAAUGCUGGGUCUCAAAAACGCCUUGGACGGCAUGGCAGGCACGGCUGCGCCAGCCGUUGGCGGGAUGCUGUACUACAUCGGCAGGCCGCUGCCUUACACUGUGGCAGCGAUCUUCGCCUUCGCCAUGGCCGUCUUCUACAUCUCCUUGCCCCCUUCUGUCAGCAAGCAGGAUAUGUCCGAGGAGCUAAAGCCGCUGAUGACGCCCAAAGUCAAGGCUGAGACAGAAGAAGCGGAAGUGAAAGCUCCCCUGCAUCACGUGCAGUCGUCUGCCCUGCCGCUGUCGAUGUAUGCACGGGCCGUGGAAGACUAG